AUGGCUUCCGACGCCGCCGACGCCGCCGUCGAGGACAGCCUCGUUGCCAAAGUGACCGAGUACGUGCGCGAGUACAUGUCGCACUACGACGGGUCGCACGACUUUUCGCACAUCCAGCGCGUACUCGCCCUGGCGCAGCACAUCCAGGCCUCCGAGCCCUCGACCUCGUCGUCACCAUCGUCUUCGCGGCUCGUCGUCACGCUCGCGGCGCUGCUGCACGACGUAGGCGACAGAAAGUACCUCAAGCCGGGCGAGGACGGCACGCGGCUCGUGCACGACGUGCUCCGCUCCAUGGGCGCCGACGCCGCGCUCGCCGAGCGCGUGCAGGCCAUCUGCCUGGGCGUCAGCUACUCGAGCGAGGUCAAGGACCCGGCGCGCGUGACGGCGCUCCUCGCGGCGCAUCCGGAGCUGGCCGCCGUGCAGGACGCGGACCGGCUCGACGCCAUCGGCGCCGUGGGCAUCGGCCGCACGUUUGCGUUUGGCGGCGCCAGGGGCAGAGGCCUGGGCGACACCAUGGAGCACUUCGACGACAAGCUGCUGCGUCUCGAGGGCAUGAUGAAGACGGACGAGGGCCGCAAGCUGGCGCGGGUUCGGACGGAGAGGCUGGAGACGAUGCAACGCUGGUGGAAGGAGGAGACCGAGGCCGUCGUUGGUUGA